AGACUUUGCUUGAGUUGUCGCUGAUGAACUUUGCGCAAUAACCCUUUCCCUUCGACAAGGAGCUGGUGCAGCCUCUUUUCUGUGCCAACAUGCCAAAGACUCAAGGGAUGUCCUCAAGAUCAUCUGCUGGACAGCAUAUUCAAGAUACACAGAGUGGAAUCAUUUGAACUUCUUGGCAUACAAAAGUUAUCUCUUGGGGAGAAAGAGCUGAAAGGCUUUCUGGCGUCUUUCCAGUGUGUACAGGAUCAGUCCCUAUGAAUUAAAAGGCAUUUGGAGAUCCACAAGAUUCCUUGGAUCCAUUUGGAGUUGCGUUUCAGGACAGGGAAAGAAUGGAAACACAACCUAUAGCCACUGAGAAAACUGGAAAAGGCCCUUCUGCUGUUCAUCCUGAGACCUGUGGGGAGAUCUGGGCAAGAACUAGGCAGGAGAUCCUGGAGGAGGAACCCAUCAUCUGUUCAGAGGUUCAGCCAUGGAACUUCAGGAACUUCCAAUACCAGGAGGCUGAGGGACCCCGAGGACUUUGCAGCCAACUCCACGACUUUUGUAGGCGAUGGCUGAGACCAGAAAAGCACACCAAAGCCCAGAUGCUGGACCUGGUGGUUCUGGAGCAGCUCCUGGCUAUCCUGCCCCCAGAGAUGGAGACCUGGGUGCGGGAGUGUGGAGCAGACACUAGCGCCCAGGCGGUGGCCCUGGUGGAAGGCUUCCUCCUGAGCCAGGCGGAGGAGCAGAAGAAGCAGGUCGAGUUGCAGUCCUUCGCUGUGGAGAUCAGAGAUCCUGAGGGAAGGAAGAAUCCAUCAAAUCGCUUCCAGGAGAUGUUUUUCAGGAGGAUCCCUCAGGAAGAUCAAAGUCAAGAUACCUCAGGAGUGAAGAAUAGAAUGAAGAUAACGCCUGCUUAUGAUGGAACUAAAACAAUCGUUGAACCUACAACUCAAGAGGGUCUUGUAUCAUUUGAGGAGGUGACUGUGUAUUUCUCCAAGGAGGAGUGGUCACAGCUGGAUCCUGACCAAAAAAAGCUGCAUUGGGAAGUCAUGCUGGAAAAUCAUAGGAACCUGGCCUCUCUGGGUAAUAAUGGGGAAGCAAAUGAAGAUUCUGGGGAACUAUUCCGAACAAUCAGAUCUGGAGACAAUAUGGAGAACCUUGAAAUUCAAAUGGAAGUUGAAAGCUGUGAGAGAAAUCAGUCAGAUAAUUGGAAUCAGGAAAGCUCAUCGUCUCGUCAUGCUCCAAUGCAAGAUUUUGUUGCCCAACAAGGAAAAACAAAUAAAAAACAUAUUGGGAAUGACAUGAAACUAUUCAGAGAUAAAUUAGAUGCAAAUAAACAGUCUCAAGCCCAAACCAAAGGAGAAGAUUAUAUACGCAGAGACAACGGAAAAAACGACACAAAGAAUUUCCUUUUUUCUCAUGCAGAUGGGUCCGGUACAUCUCAAAAAAGGACCUACACAAAGGAGAAGGUGUAUAAAUGCAUGGAGUGUGGGAAAAGUUUUACCAAGAACAAUCAACUUACACAACAUAAGAGGACCCACACAAGAGAGAAGCCCUAUGAAUGCAUGGAAUGUGGACAGAGUUUUAUUCACAACAGUCAACUUACUUCACAUCAAAAGAUCCACACGGGGGACAAGCCUUACAAAUGUACGGACUGUGAAAAGAGCUUCAGCAAAAAGGGGAUACUUAAUAUCCAUAAAAGGAUCCAAACAGGAGAGAAGCCGUAUAAGUGCACGGAGUGCGGAAAGAGCUUCUGUGAAAAUUCUAAUUUUACUGUUCAUAAAAGGAUCCACACAGGAGAGAGGCCACAUAAAUGCAUGGAGUGUGGGAAGACCUUUACUCAAAGAUGUCAUCUUAAUUCACAUAAAAGGAGUCACACAGGAGAGAAGCCCUAUAAAUGCAUGGAGUGUGGAAAGAGCUUCACUUACAGUAAUUCUCUUACUUCCCAUUACUGGAUCCACACAGGGGAGAAGCCGUAUAAGUGCACAGAGUGUGGAAAGAGCUUCUGUGAAAAUUCUUCUCUUACUGUUCAUAAAAGGAUCCACACAGGAGAGAGGCCCUACAAAUGCACGGAGUGUGGAAAGGGCUUCCCUAAGAGCAGUGACCUUAUUAGCCAUAAAAAGAUCCACACAGGGGAGAAGCCACAUAUAUGUAAGGAGUGUGGAAAGAGCUUUACUAAGAACAGUCAACUUAUUUACCAUAGUAGUAUCCACACAGGGGAGAAGCCAUAUAAAUGUAUGGAGUGUGGAAAGAGCUUUACUAAGAACAGUCAACUUAUUUACCAUAGUAGGAUCCACACAGGGGAGAAGCCGUAUAAGUGCACCGAGUGUGGAAAGAGCUUCGCUCAAAGUUCUUCUCUUACUGUUCAUAAAAGGAGCCACACAGGGGAGAAGCCCUAUAAAUGCAUGGAGUGUGGAAAGAGCUUCACUUACAGUAAAUCUCUUACUGCCCAUUACUGGAGCCACACAGGGGAGAAGCCCUAUAAAUGCAUGGAGUGUGGAAAGAGCUUCACUUACAGUAAAUCUCUUACUUCCCAUUACUGGAUCCACACAGGGGAGAGGCCGCAUAAGUGCACAGAGUGUGAAAAGAGCUUCGCUAAAAAGUCUUCUCUUACUUUUCAUAAACGAAUCCACACAGAAGAGAAGCCCUAUGAAUGCAUGGAAUGUGGACAGAGUUUUAUUCACAACAGUCAACUUACUUCACAUCAAAAGAUCCACACGGGGCACAAGCCUUACAAAUGUACGGACUGUGAAAAGAGCUUCAGCAAAAAGGGGAUACUUAAUAUCCAUAAAAGAAUCCACACAGGGGAGAAGCCGUAUAAGUGCAUGGAAUGUGGAAAGAGCUUCUGUGAAAAUUCUAAUUUUACUGUUCAUAAAAGGAUCCACACAGGGGAAAGGCCACAUAAAUGCAUGGAGUGUGGGAAGACCUUUACUCAAAGAUAUCAUCUUAAUUCACAUAAAAGGAGUCACACAGGAGAGAAGCCCUAUAAAUGCAUGGAGUGUGGAAAGAGCUUCACUUACAGUAAUUCUCUUACUUCCCAUUACUGGAUCCACACAGGGGAGAAGCCGUAUAAGUGCACAGAGUGUGGAAAGAGCUUCUGUGAAAAUUCUUCUCUUACUGUUCAUAAAAGGAUCCACACAGGAGAGAGGCCCUACAAAUGCACGGAAUGUGGAAAGGGCUUCCCUAAGAGCAGUGACCUUAUUAGCCAUAAAAAGAUCCACACAGGGGAGAAGCCACAUAAAUGUAUGGAGUGUGGAAAGAGCUUUACUAAGAACAGUCAACUUAUUUACCAUAGUAGGAUCCACACAGGGGAGAAGCCAUAUAAAUGCAUGGAAUGUGGAAAGAGCUUUACUAAGAACAGUCAACUUAUUUACCAUAGUAGGAUCCACACAGGGGAGAAGCCGUAUAAGUGCACCGAGUGUGGAAAGAGCUUCGCUCAAAGUUCUUCUCUUACUGUUCAUAAAAGGAGCCACACAGGGGAGAAGCCCUAUAAAUGCAUGGAGUGUGGAAAGAGCUUCACUUACAGUAAAUCUCUUACUUCCCAUUACUGGAUCCACACAGGGGAGAAGCCCUAUAAAUGCAUGGAGUGUGGAAAGAGCUUCACUUACAGUAAAUCUCUUACUUCCCAUUACUGGAUCCACACAGGGGAGAGGCCGCAUAAGUGCACAGAGUGUGAAAAGAGCUUCGCUAAAAAGUCUUCUCUUACUUUUCAUAAACUAAUCCACACAGGAGAGAAGCCCUGUUGAAGCAGAGUGAAAAAGGAGAUCCAAAACAGAUUGUUCUUUAGAUAACAGAAAGAGGUGAGGGCAAUGGAAAAGAGCAAACCACGAUUUCACACAUUAUGUCAGUAUCGAAGUAACCACACGAGUUAUGCUGCAAAGUAAGAAAUGCUAGCAGGAAAUCUGUAACCGCAUCCUGUAGAGGAGGGGGGGAUGUCUAAGCUGCUUUAGCCCAGCGACAAGAAGCAAGAGCCAAUAACCAAGGGCCUCUGGUGGCUCAGACUGCUAAGACAGUCUGUUAUUAACACAGCUGCUUGCAAUUACUGCAGGUUCAAGUCCCACCAGGCCCAAGGUUGACUCAGCCUUCCAUCCUUUAUAAGGUAGGUAAAAUGAGGACCCAGAUUGUUGGGGGCAAUAAGUUGACUUUGUAUAUAAUAUACAAAUGGAGGAAGACUAUUGCUAACAUAGUCUAAGCCACCCUGAGUCUUCGGAGAAGGGCGGGAUAUAAAUGCAAAUAAAAAAAACCCUGAUCAAUGCUGAUAUGAUGUACGUAUGUUUCCAUGUUUUUCUAAGUAUAAGAAUGCGUGUUUGUCCAUAAGGUUCUGUUCAGAUGUUGAUAUCGAUCUGAGCCAAUUUUGUUUGCACAAAUAAAAUACAGCUAUCUUUG